UCUCUCUCUCUCUCUCGCACACACACAAGCUGAAGCCUGAAACCAGGCAAGAUGCAUUACGCUCCUUCCGUGCUGAACGCCAAAGAGAAGAGAGCCAUGCGAAUUCGAAAUCUUCACACCUUAAUCUUCUCCCUCAUACUUCUCUCUCUCCUCCCCCUCUCUACCCUAGCCCGCCCGUUCGUCCUCGUCCUUUCCCAAGACGACCUCACAGACUCUUCCACCUCCUCCGACGACUCAAUUCUCGGUGAAAAUGAUUCCGAUUUCGACGAUUUCACCGACUCCGACUCCAAGUCCGACGAAGAGUUCGACCCUGGGUCAUGGCGCCCUAUAUUCGAACCGAAUACCCGACCCGAAUCGGAUCCUUCUCCGUUGUACUACUCUGGGGUGAUGAAGAUGGUGAACGCGGCGAGUCGGGGCGACGAGAGGCUAAUGGCGGAGGCGGAGGCGGAGAUCGAGGCGGCCGCCCGGAAGGGGUGCGCCAACGCGCAGUCGGUGAUGGGGUUUUUGACUAGGAUGGGGAUGGGAAGAGAGAGGAACAAAGCGGCGUCAUUUUUGUAUCACUCUUUCGCGGCGGAGAAUGGGAACAUGCAGUCCAAGAUGGCCCUCGCUUACAUUUACUCUCGCCAAGACAUGCGUGAUGAAGCACUGAAGCUGUAUGCUGAAUUGGCGGAGAUAGCUGUGAAGAGUUUUUUGAUCUCGAAGGAUUCACCGGUGAUGGAACCAAUUAGGAUCCACAAUGGAGCAGAGGAAAACAAAGAGGCUCUCAGGAAGUCUCGAGGAGAGGAGGAUGAUGACUUCCAGAUCUUGGAAUACCAGGCACAGAAGGGGAAUGCUGGAGCCAUGUACAAAAUUGGGAUAUUUUACUACUUUGGAUUGAGAGGAGUGAGGCGGGAUCAUGCAAAGGCAUUGUCAUGGUUUUCAAAGGCUGUUGAGAAGGGGGAGCCAAGGUCUAUGGAACUUCUUGGAGAGAUAUAUGCUAAAGGAGCUGGAGUUGAAAGGAACUACACAAAAGCACUUGAGUGGCUUACGCUUGCAUCCAGGCAGCAACUUUAUUCAGCUUAUAAUGGAAUGGGUUAUUUGUAUGUCAAGGGUUAUGGGGUGGAACAAAAGAACUAUACCAAGGCAAAGCAGUACUUUGAGAAGGCUGCUGACAAUAAGGAAGCUGGCGGAUUUUACAAUCUAGGUGUAAUGUACCUUAAAGGAAUUGGAGUGAAGAGGGAUUUGGAGCUAGCAUGCAAAUGCUUUCUGAAGGCAGCUAAUGCAGGUCAAGCAAAGGCGUUUUACCAAUUAGCCAAAAUGUUCCAUACCGGUGUCGGGCUUAAGAAGAAUCUCUUCAUGGCAUCUGCAUUGUACAAACUAGUUGCAGAACGUGGGCCAUGGAGUUCCUUGUCUAGAUGGGCACUGGAGUCAUACUUGAAAGGUGAUGCAGGCAAAGCAUUCCUCUUGUACUCAAGGAUGGCAGAGUUAGGGUAUGAGGUUGCACAAAGUAAUGCUGCCUGGAUUCUUGACAAAUACCGGGAACGCAGUAUGUGCAUGGGAGAAUCAGGUUUUUGCACAGAUGCAGAGAGGCAUCAGCGGGCACAUGCCUUGUGGUGGCAAGCUUCUGAGCAGGGUAAUGAACAUGCAGCUCUGCUGAUUGGGGAUGCAUAUUACUAUGGUCGGGGUACGGAGCAAGAUUAUGAUCGUGCAGCAGAGGCUUACAUGCAUGCCAAAUUGCAGUCUAAUGCCCAAGCCAUUUUCAAUCUUGGUUACAUGCAUGAGCAUGGCCAAGGACUGCCAUUUGAUCUUCACCUUGCCAAGCGUCACUAUGACCAAGCCCUAGAAAUUGACCCGGCAGCAAAGUUGCCUGUGACGUUAGCCCUUGCAAGCCUGUGGAUGCGAAAGAACUAUGCUAAUAGUGUCCUGGUUGACUUGAUUGAUUCACUGCCUGGAGUUUAUCCAAAAGUGGAAACAUGGGUGGAAAAUGUGAUCAUGGAGGAAGGAAAUGUGACAAUCCUCACUCUCUUUGUCUGCCUCCUAACAGUGCUUUACUUACGAGAACGGCAACGUAGGCAUGCCGUUCCUGCUGCUGAGGAGGUCGCCCUUCUGCAUCAACCUAAUGAGCAAGAUGCACCUGUGGCCAAUUAGGAUUGUUGAGAACUACAACAAUAGUUUCUGGUUUCUCCAAGUAUAAAAGGUAAGAUUAUCGACAGAAAGAUGUAUAGGCUUGAUCUUCUGGUGGUUUGGUUAAAGAAGGGUUGCUUUUAUUGUCUCUCCGCUCAUUGUAGAAUAGAGGGUUCUUGGGCAAGGCUGAAAUAACAAAUGCUCUUAGUCUUGUGUAUCCAUAACUUGUGUUUAACGUAGAAUUAGCGCAUGCAAAUCACAAUCAUUGAAGAUAGUAUAUCAGAUCAAUCAGUGUUUCCAUUGUUUUUUUACACCAAAAGAAAGGAAGAGGAAGAGCUAACGACAUUUGUGACCAUGUGAUCCUUGAUUUUAAGGGAAAUGUCAAACAAUAGUAUGAAUUUUGGGGUUAUAGAUGUCUUUCUAUUGUUCAGAAUGUAAUCUUAGAAGUUGUGUCAUUGCAAUUAGAAGUUGGAGUUAUCACAAUUUCCAAAUUUCAGAACUAAAAGUCCUCUCGGAAGAGUGGUCAUAGUGGCACAUAUAAUGUAGGUUUGCUAUCAAAGGAUUCUGAAUGCUACUGGCUACUAUGGAUGACAAUAUUUAUUCAGGACCCUUUAUAUGACUUGAAUUCUUUUGGUUUGGUUGAGUG